AUGCGACGGAGUGCCACACCUGGACCUUCGAGUAGUCCGAGAGAAUAUCAGACACACGAACAAACGAUUGACCCCACUGGCAAUCAUCCAUCCCAUGAAACGGUCACAGAGACGUAUCGAAGGGAGAAGGUUCAAGUCGGAGCGGAACCCCCUAAGGUGCCCGGACCGAUCCGAGUGAUUGGUUCUGGGGAACGGUUCUCGAUCGCCAAAGUGCUACGAGAGACAUAUGUGACGAUUCCUCUUGCCCAGUUACUUGAUCGCUCAGAAGCAACUCGGAAGGAAUUUGCCUGGUUCCUACAAGAUGCCACCCCACGAUUCAGAGUCCGACGUGUUAAAAUCCGCGAUCCCGUUAGCUUUGUAUCCGACAAGGUAUAUGAAGGACGCGACCGAACUAACCAAUUGAUGAUCUGCGCUCCAGCGGUUACUUCUGAAGCCUUGGAGGAUGACGGACGUUCGUCACCAAUGUUUGUGGAAGCAUGGAUCGGGGAUAAAAAGAUACUUCGAACGCUGCUAGACGGUGGAUCGCUAGUGGAGCUGAUCUCCGAGAGAAUGGCAAGUCAGAUCAGUGCAUGCACCUAUGUGGAUAAUGGGAAGGAAAUCAGUCUAGCAGACAACCAUACCACGGUGCUAAAACGUUAUAUGCAUCUACCGGUGAAUGUGUCUGGUGUGAGAGCCUUUGUGAAGUCCUACAUCAUCAAUGCGAACACAUAUGAUCUGCUUCUUGGGGUUCGAUGGAUGAGGCGAGUCCGACACGCAGUGGACUAUGGCGAGGGACAAGUAACAAUUCAAGGUUCAAAUGGGAUCCCAGUGACAUUGGAGACGGCGAUGGCUCCAAUAGAAUGUCUUGACGAACUGCCAGUGAUCUGCAUUGAUGAAGAGGGAGUGGAUGACAUCCUUCAACGAGUGAUCGACGAUACUGAGCCAGGAGGGUUUCUAAACGACCCAGAUGACCACCCUCGAUCGGAUGGGGCAGUCGUUCGAACAAUCCGAGGGGAUUUCCCCGUUCAACAAUGGGCGGGUGAAUCAGAACUGCAAGAGAAUCAACAACCAGUCAUCUAUCAUUGUUACAACGGAGAAGAGAAACCCCCGAAAAAUAUAAAAAGAGUCCAUUGGACAGAACAUCUCGAAUUUAUUCCCGCCGACGACGGCGAUGAGGACGUCGAAUGCAUUAUAUAG